CAGAGGGGAUACAGGGACUCCUGCAGGCUGAUUUCAGCAGCUCAGCACUCGCAGGUGGAGACGCGCACCGAUCCGGAGCUUCGUCUGACAGCCGAGCGCGCGCACUCUCACUCACUCACUCGCCCAAAUGAAUAAAUAAAAUAAUUAAUAGAGCGAGCUCGUGUUCAAACCAACUACAAUGAGAGCAAAUCUGUCGCAGUCAGUCCAAUCCUUAUAUGACUCCCAGCCAUUUAAAAUUUGAUGAGCAGUUUUUGGAGAGCUCCUUGGAUUGAUCCCAGUGUUUUCCAGUCAUGAAGAACAGGAGGGAAUAUGUGGAAUACUGGAGCGCGAUUAUAGUGUCUCUCUUCUGGAUUCACAGCUCGGUCGGGAUGCCCCAUGUCAUACGGAUAGGUGGGAUUUUUGAACAAACGGAUGGACCCGUGGCACUGGUCAGCUCCGAGGAACUGGCCUUUAAAUUUGCAGUUAAUAACAUCAACAGAAACAGGACAUUAUUGCCCAACACAACGUUAACGUACGACAUUCAGAGGAUUAAUAUCUAUGAUAGCUUUGAGGCCUCCAGAAAAGCGUGCGACCAGCUGUCUUUAGGUGUAGUUGCCAUAUUCGGGCCGUCUCACAGCUCCUCGUCGAAUGCUGUGCAGUCUAUCUGCAAUGCCCUGGAGGUUCCACACAUUCAAGUUCGAUGGAAACACCACCCGAUGGACAAUAGGGAUACAUUUUAUGCCAACCUGUACCCGGAUUACUCUUCUCUCAGCUACGCUAUCUUAGACCUGGUGCAGUUCCUCAAGUGGAAGACAGCCACUGUGGUUUACGAUGACAGCACAGGUUUAAUCAGACUCCAGGAGUUAAUUAUGGCUCCAUCCAGGUAUAACAUCAGGCUGAAGAUCCGACAGCUCCCUCUGGAUACCACGGACACCAGACCUCUGCUCAAAGAGAUGAAAAGGAGCAGAGAGUUUCGCAUUAUCUUCGACUGCAGCCACACAAUGGCUGCCCAGAUCCUCAAACAAGCCCAGAUGAUGGGGAUGAUGACAGAGUACUAUCACUACAUCUUCACCACUCUGGAUCUCAUGGCCAUAAACCUGGAGCCGUACCGUUUCUGCGGUGUCAAUAUGACCGGCUUCCGCAUCCUAAACGUGGACAAUCCUCAGGUUGCCUCCAUUGUGGAGAAGUGGUCCCUUGAGAGGCAGAUUCCCCCAAAACCUGACUCCGGUCUCCUGGAAGGGAUCAUGACGACAGAUGCUGCUCUGACGUACGACGCAGUCCACAUCGUGUCGGUUUCUUACCAGCAUGCGCCGCAGAUGACUGUCAACUCAUUGCAGUGUCAUCGCCACAAACCCUGGAGGUUCGGAGGACGCUUCAUGAGUUUCAUUAAAGAGUCUCAUUGGGAUGGCCUGACGGGACGGCUGUGCUUCAACAGAACUACAGGUCUGCGCACAGACUUUGAUCUUGACAUUGUGAGUCUUAAGGAGGAUGGCCUUCAAAAGGUGGGGAAGUGGAGUGCAUCUGGGGGGCUGAACAUCACAGAGGUCCCAAGGCAGAACGGCAUGAACAUCACAGACUCGCUUUCCAACCGCUCGCUGGUCAUCACCACCAUCCUGGAGGAGCCAUACGUCAUGCUGAAGAAGUCUGACAAGGCACUGGUCGGCAAUGACCGCUUUGAGGGCUUCUGUAUUGAUCUGCUAAAGGAGUUAGCCAGCAUUCUGGGUUUCUCCUUCGAGAUCCACCUGGUGCCUGAUGGAAAGUAUGGGUUUCAAGAUGAUAAAGGCCAGUGGAAUGGGAUGAUAAAGGAACUCAUGGAGCACAGGGCUGACCUUGCUGUGGCUCCUCUCACAAUCACCUUUAUGCGAGAGAAAGCUAUCGACUUCUCCAAACCUUUCUUGAACACUGGCAUCAGUAUCCUGUACCGCAGACCCAACAGCACCAACUCUGGCUUCUUCUCUUUCCUGAACCCCAUGACCCCUGAUAUCUGGGUCUACAUCCUGUUGGCCUACCUGGGAGUCAGCUGUGUACUCUUCGUCAUUGCAAGGUUCAGCCCGUACGAGUGGUACGAUGCCCAUCCGUGUAACCCAGGCUCUGAUGUGGUAGAAAACAACUUCACCCUUCUCAACAGCUUCUGGUUUGGCGUGGGCUCCCUCAUGCAGCAAGGUUCAGAACUGAUGCCUAAAGCUCUCUCCACUCGAAUCAUCGGAGGAAUCUGGUGGUUCUUCACCCUCAUCAUCAUCUCCUCCUACACAGCGAAUCUGGCCGCUUUCCUCACUGUAGAGAGGAUGGAUUCGCCCGUGGACUCGGCCGAUGACCUGGCCAAACAGACCAAAAUAGAAUACGGCGUAGUCAAAGAUGGAGCAACCAUGUCCUUCUUUAAGAAAUCAAGAGUGUCUACGUUUGAGAAGAUGUGGGCAUUUAUGAGUAGCAGGCAGAGCACGUCGUUUGUCAAGUCCAUUGAAGAUGGGAUUCAGAGAGUGUUGAAGUCAGACUACGCCCUUCUAAUGGAGUCAACAACCAUUGAGUAUGUGACACGCAGAAAUUGCAAUCUCACGCAAGUUGGCGGCAUCAUUGACAGCAAAGGUUACGGCAUUGGCACCCCAAAAGGCUCGCCGUACAGGGAUAAAAUCACAAUUGCCAUCCUCAGUAUCCUAGAAGAUGGCCGUCUUCACAUGCUCAAAGAGAAGUGGUGGAGCGGCAGCAGCUGUCUGGAAGACGAGCGGUAUGAAACGGGUCCCAUGGGUAUCCAGAAUCUGGGCGGCAUCUUCAUUGUGCUUGCGUCCGGUCUGGUGCUGUCGGUGUUUGUGGCUAUAGGAGAGUUCAUCUACAAGCUGCGAAAAAAUGCAGAGCGUGAACAGGUCUUUCUGCAGUGCGGUGAUGGAAGAGAUCAAACUGUCGUUCACGUGCGAGAGACGGGUGAAACACAAGCUCCACCGCCAGCCACCGGCCAUGGUGAAGACGGACGCAGUGAUCAACAUGCACUCCUUCAACGACCGUCGCCUCCCAGGAAAGGACAACAUGAGCUGCAACACCGCGAUGACGCCCGUGUUUCCAUGACUUGCCUGGGCGACGGCCACCUGAGGCACGUCCCCGGCGCCGUGCCGGAGAGCAGGGACUACGGCUCCGAGAUGAUCACGGCAUUCACCAUCAACCGCAGAGACAUCCGACACCAAAUGGCCAGUCAGAACGGUGGCAGUAGCAGCAAACCAGGUAGUGACCACAUCCUCAAACCAAUGUAUCCCACCAUGCCAUUGCGAGAGGGAGGCCGAUCGGUCUCCUUCCUGUGAGAGCGAGCCACGUCUGCGAAACUAUCCGCGCCCGAGUCUGAUGUUUACAAACGGUUCAAAAGCAAAGCUCACGAUCUGACUCGAAGGAGCCCCCCGAUCAAACGAAAAUACAUGUUUCUCAUUGGAACAACGUGAAAAUGUGGAAAAGAGGCUUUUUUUGAGCAUGGCAAUAAAUGAAACUACGAACAGACGCGAAUGGAAGUAGUUUUCUUAGAGUAUCAUUUAUAGCACAUCAAGUUCAUUUCGAAGAGUUCUGACGAUUUAAUCUUUUGAUUUCGUCAAAAUGCUGCGGCGUUUUGGUGGGGACGCAACCAAAAAAGCGCCGUCUUUCUGAAUGCGAUGUACAUUACAGGUAAGCGCCGGACCGUAGGAGCAGUUUAGUUUAAUAUGCUGUACCGCAGCAGCCAGUGUGACCUGCUAGAAUAGUAGAAAACCCUUAGACUGCAAGUUCCCGAAGGCUACGGAGAGCGUAGCGGCAUUCUACGCUCACGGAAAUGCACAAACUAACAGGGUUGAUUUCAUUCGAGCCACCUAAACAAAUUGAAAAAUGAGUAACGAUUCUGUACGGCAGUUUUGAGCAAGACUUGCAGCCAUUUUGAUUUAUUCGUGCUUCAUACAUUGCCAGCAGAUGUUUUUUACACAGCGAGAUCUAAUGGUAAUGACGGAUAAACACAACAGUUGCCAAAGAUCUGUCGUCCAAAUGGAUUUAGACACUUGAAACGCAGCUUCCCCUACACGCAAGAGAGCGAGUGACACGUUGCCUCCGCUGUGUUUGUUAAAUGAGUUAUUCCUGAGAAUCACAGCCCUCAUAUUGAGAAUACUCGCUUCACGCGGUACAUACAGAGGAUUCGACACAAACACAAAGCCUGGCGUAUGGUGGGAGAGCUAAUACAAAGGAAACAAAACCGUUUUAAGACGUACAUGAGUGAGAAUGUCUCUCGCCGGCGUAUCUGUUCGACAAGUCAGUUAUGAUUACAGUGGCUUUUUUCAAUCUGCACCUGCGUGAGACCCUUCAGUGUCGACUUGUUUGAAGUGCCGAAUUUGUAAGUGGCGUGGCCUUCGUCGAAACAUUAAAUGAGAAAACAUCUGGACGUUUUAUUUGUAUUUAUUUUUUUCCAGCUUUCAUUCUUGUUGUCAGUUUUCUUUUAAUCUAACAUCAUUAAAAACAAAAAUUGGAAAAAACACAGUGUUCGGAUUGCACUUUUCUAUGCAAUAAAAGCUGAAGGUGAUUUAUACUGCCAAGCUCAAAAAGGUUGAAAUGCACCUUAAGAUUCGUCCAAGAUGAGAGGCUUUGCUCUGAUCUUACAGAGAGAGAAAAAUAGUAGUUGCAAAUAAUAUAGACUACUUUUAAAGCUCAUUUUCACAAGGAACAAUAACUACUAGGUUAACUGCGGUGACUAUAUAUUAGUAUAUAAGUGACCUUUGACAAAAACAGUAAUGUUUUGUGUGCAUAAAGUUUCGCCAUCUGCUACUUUAAAUGCUUAAGCAUUGCUUAAAGGGUUAAUCCACCCCAAAAUGAUUUUAUCAUUAAUCGAAAAAAUAACACUGUCAUAAUUAAUCAAAUAACACUGUCAAGGUCCAGAAAAGUAUGAAAGACAUAAUCUGAAUACUCCAUCUCCAUAACUACUUUAUACAUUGAUUUGGAACCGUAACAUUAGGGUAGUGCCAUUUUGGAAAGCAUCUAUCCUUGCAAUGCUACUACAAUAGGUUCAUUGCGAUUUGCAUGGAUUUUUUAGAAUUCAAACAAUAAUCAAAACUGUAUCAUUAACAUCUAUGGUGUUGUGCCUAUGGUGCCUUUAUCGUUAUAUUUUGGCAGAGUCUGACAGAAUGAAUAAUCUCUCGCUUUUUUUGCACUGGAAAAAGCAACUGACACCUUCUGGCUAAAAACAUACUAUUGGUUUCACAGAAGAAGAAAGAAUAUUUGCCUUUUCAAAUGACAUGAAGAUAAGUAAACAAUGGCAAUAUAUAUGGGUGAGUUUCAUUGAUUUAUUUUGUACACUUUUUUUGAUCCACAAUGUCAUUUCUAAAUCAUCAUUUAGCUUUGGGUGGUUCAUAUUGGUCAUGUUUUAACACCAUCAUAUAGGUGUGCUUCAUUUCAAAGCAUUUGCACUGUUCUAAAAUUCAUUUUGCAUGACUGUUCUCCUCCUAUAUCCAAACCCGACGUUAAGAUUUCAGAUGAUCAGGAUGCUAGGUGUACGAGGGUAAAUGCGGCUUUCACAUUUGCACAUACGAUUCUUCAUUCAACAAAGAGACUGACGGCUACAGUAAAAUUGCAAUACAAGCGUGCUGAACAUCAAAACUGCAAUACAGAUGUACGGAACUGGACCCUCUCAUCGCUGAGCGUGGCAUUUUUUCAGACGAGCAUUUAGUGACAGUUCUCAUAGGUAGUUGAUUCCUUGUGUUGUCUACAUGUGGGAAACUAAGCUACUAAGCUACUAAACGUUCUCAUGAUGAGGUGUAGGUGCUAAGAGUCUUCACCCGCUGCCCGUCCGCCCGCGGCAGCUCAACCAAUGAAAGACCUCCGUGAGGUCGAUCUAACGGACAGUGUCAAAAACAAAAAGCAAAAACAAAAAGAAAAAAAGCAUUUUUGUGUUUUUAUGGUGAAUUAUGUAUCGAUCAGAAUAACUUCAUGUGACUUGAUGUUUCUUUGGUGAAAGCUCAUUGUAUACGUGUUAUUCAAAUUCUGUGUAAUUUUAACACUCUCUUGCAAAGUAGGGUAUAUAUUAGAUGAACAGAAAAUUACUGUAUUUUGCUAAAUACCGAUGAUUUUUACCUGUAUUUUUUUCCUCAGCUCUUCUCUUCUUGAUAAUUUGUGCUAUGCUGUAUCGAGUGCGGUACAUGCAUAUUGUAAUAUAGGAUCUACUCUUGAGAAACUACUAAAAUGGAUAUAAAGAACAAUAAUUUAAAGCCCCGGGCCACCAAUUCCAGCACAUUCAGUUCCAUUAUUAGAAGGAGUUGACAGGAAAUCCGAGUGAUGUAUAUGAGACCUCCAGAUAUUCUGCAACAUAAUGUACUCAUAUCAGAUGUAUAUAAAUAAGACAUAUAACAGAAUAUUCAGAGAAGAAUAUGAUGACCGGUUCCGUGCCAUUUCUGUUGAUUUCCAUGAACGCUCAUCAUGGAUAUUUGGCUUAUUUAAUUUCAUUUUAUUAUUAUAGAUAUUUUGGUUUUACUUCACUUUAUUUCUCCCACAGUGUUCAAAAGGCUCAACGGAUUUUGUAGAAAUUUCUACAUUGUCAAAAUCACUCACUCAGUCCUUUUUAAAAAAAAAAAAAAAAAUUCUUAAUUUUAGUUUCUUUGACAGGUUGUCUAAAUACGACCCCUUAAACAACAUAAAAGGAAAUUAUAUCAUUAAAGAUAAAUAAAUCAAAUCAAUAAAAAAAAGGAAUAGUUCACCAAAAAUGAAACGUGUCGUUACUGUUGUCGAUAUCGUAUGUUUUCAAUUAAACAAAAAUCUACACAUCGAUUUCCAUGUAACACAGCAUAACAUCAAAAACUUUAUGUUAUGCUAAAACUGUGACAGAGAUUCGAGUCUUCUGAAAUAAUCUUUGUGUGAGGUACGGACUGAAAUUUAAUUUGUUCGGCUUUCAAGCCUCGCUCUCUGUUACACAUAUUCAUUUACCAUAAUUCAUGAAUGGAUUUCAAAUAAGUCAUGAAUCAAAUUCAUUAUAGUUAUCGUACAAACUCAGAAGAAGACUUGGAACAUCGAGCAAAGCUUGUGGGAACUUCCUAUAUAUAUAUAUAUAUAUAUAUAUAUAUAUAUAUAUAUAUAUAUAUAUA